UCUCUGAAGCCCACCUAAGCCCAACAAUGUUCGUCAGGUGACCUACCUCAACCUCAAGCGCCGCUUCACGCCGCCGCGUUCCCACACUCCCCUUCCUACAAGCCUGCACCUGCAGCCGACGGCAAGCGGAGGCGGCGGUCCUCUCCCGCAUCUCAGCAAUCCUAGCUACCGAGGCACCGAGGCACCGAGCCAACCUUGGGAAUGGCAGAUCAGCGCAAGGUUUCCGCUGCCAUUGUUGCUGAAUCCGAGGAAAGGUCCUUCGUGUUCAAGGUACAUGGAUACUCAAGAGCCAAGGAGCUGUUCAAGAACGGCGAGUGCGUCGCUUCUCCCCCUUUCAGCGUUUCAGGUGACAGCUGGGUUCUCAAGUAUUACCCCAACGGCCGCUCCGCACUCAGUGCUGCUUACAUCUUUCUGCUUCUUCACUCUGUUGAUGCCAAGAAUGUGAAUGCGGAAGCUAGAUCUGUUCGUGUACUUGGCAAGGACGGUCUACCACUGCCAGUGACACAGGACAUGGGUAAUAAAUCUGUACCGGCCUUAACAGCUGAUCUGGAAUUUCUUCUUGCAUGGAUGUCCCGACCCAAAAACUCGUAUUUUGGUUACCAUGUCGAUCGGGAGAAACUGGAGCAAUCAGGGUGUAUGAUAGGUGACUGCUUAAGCGUCAUGUGUGAUCUCACUGUCAAGAAGCAUAUCCACAGCGAAGAAACAGUUGGGAAUCAGUUUGUUCUAGUCCCUCCAACCGACAUGCAGCUGCAUUUCAGCAACCUCCUGGACAGCAUGGAUGGAGCGGACGUGACCUUUCAUGUCGGCGGGGAGGAGUUCUUGGCUCAUAGGAUCGUGUUGGCUGCUAGGUCAUCUGUAUUCAAGGCGGAGCUCCUCGGCACCAUGAAGGAGAAAACCGGAAGUCCUAUUGAAAUCAGUGACAUGGAAGCUGAUGUGUUCAAGUCAUUGCUGCACUUCAUAUACACCGACUCGCUGCCUGUUCUUGAGUUGGCUAGCAAGCAAGGUGAAGCACGUCGAGAUGUGGUGAUGGCUGGCCAUCUGCUCGUGGCAGCGGACAGGUACAACAUUGGCAGGCUUAAAUUGAUUUGCGUGCACAAGUUAUGUAGCCAUAUUGAUGCCAACAUGGUGGCCACAAGUUUGGCUUUAGCUGAGCAGCAUGGCUGUAGUGGACUCAAGGAAGCUUGUUUACAGUUCCUCGCUUCUCCUUCCAGUUUAGAGGCGAUGAAGGCAAGUGACGGCUACAAGCAUCUGAAAAUCAGUUGCCCGUCUGCCCUUAAGGAGCUAAUUGCUAGGCUCCUGCCAGUUGAAAUGAAAGCAGCCAAGGAAAUUAUCAUGGAGAUUUAGUAGUGUGGCUCAUAAUGACCAAAUCUGAAUUAAUUAUGUAUGUACGCAUGUUUCAGGUUAGUUCUUAUGUAUGCUUAGAUGUGUCCUUGGGAAAAAACCUGCUAUCUAUGACCUCUGUAGGUUUGUUGGGUUAUCCAGUGUGAAUCGAUCUCAUUCUUUCUAGGGUGUUGUCUCCUUUGAUUGAAAACUAACUCCUAUCUAUGUAUAUAUAUAUUGCAACUAGACCGAGAUUGAUUCGGUGGCUCC